AUGGUGAACUCAGUCGAAGGCACCAGGCCAUGCCAGGCCAGGCCGAACCGAGCCGAAUCGAACCGAACUCAGCUUAAACUAGCGAUUUCAGAUGCUGCCGCAUGCCUGGCCUUUUGUCUGUCUCCUUUUCCUGAAUCAUCACGUUUGUGCAUUGGUGAGCCAGGCCAUCAUGCGCUCAAAUCAUCGCUAAGGCCACAAGUUGGCUAUACCGCUCUUGAACAUUCCCGAUCGAUCCGCGCAUGCCUCGGGCCGCUAGGUCUAUGGGAAGGGCUGAAAAGCAGGCGACACAUCAACUCACAAUCGACGUCAUUUACGCGACGUGAUCACUUUCUUUUUCAACCUUAA